UACUGUUAGUUACAAUUAUUUAGGUUGUUAACUCGUAACAAAUGUCCAAAACUAUAAUAACAAUAAUAAUCGUAUAGAUUUCCGCUGCCCCCCAAUACUCCGUUUGAGAUACAAAAUUUGCUGAUGCCUGCCUUUUGAACGACAGAGGCAUAUAAAUAUCAGCUGACCAUAUCAAUGAGGCACCAUUUGUGUUAGUCGAUCAUCAAAGUCGUCAAACAUGAAGUCUGCUUUAGUUAUUGCGUCGGUUCUUUUGGCCGGUGUGGUCUUCGAAGUCACCGCCCGAAACGUCUAUGACAAUCAAAACCAGAAUGAAAACAACAACCAGUGGGUCCGUUUCCAACAAGGAGAUUCCAGCGAUGAGUCUGCAGAACCGACCUUAAAUGAAUAUCAAAACAACAACAAAUUCAACUACGUCCUAAAUAACUAUGAAUCAGAAUCUACUUUUGCCGACCGUUCACGACAGAACAAUCAAAACGAUGAAACACACUUCGGUUCCAGCCAAGAGUCGAGUCAACAACAGCAGCACAGAAGCCAAAACCAGUUCACGGCUGUCAGCCAGCCCGAAGGGCUCGCCAAGGCAAUGAUCGAGAAAAUCGCUACUAUUCAGAAAAUUGCCGUUGAACAAAAUAUCGCCGACAGUGCAGAUUUCCUAGAUGCAGCGCUCACCAUCAACCAAAACUACGUCAAAUUCCCAAAACACAAUUAUGUGUCGUUUUUCAACUCAACCAUGAAAAACCUUGACAGCGGUGAUUUGGAAUACAUGUACCUGAACCCUGAAAAAGAUACUGUGUUUGCCCAGUACCAAUUCAACGAUAUCAAAACCGUCGGAUCGUUCAAGUCCAACAUCCCCCACGCUCAUUCGGGUUACUACACGAUCGUCAUGAACAACGUGCUCAGCAACUUGUCGACCGGAUUCUACGAUGACAAACACGCCGUGAUCAAGGCAGCUAAAUUCCAAUACGCCGACGCCAACGUCAUGACACACGACGGUUCUGAAACGCAGGUGUUAAGCCCGGCUCUGGAACAAAAAUUUUUGGGAGUGUUGGCCAACGCCGUGUCCAACGAAGUUAAGAAGUCCGCCAACAAAGGCGCACUCGUCCAUAUUAAAAACGAAAUCCGUAAGCCAAUUGAAAUGAACAUGGCUAGUAAGUACACCAACAAGCUGUUCGACUUGAGAUGGCAGGAGGACCAAGUCAGCAUGGAAAUGUCUAACAUCGGUUUCAAGAACUCCGAAGAACUGAAACGGGCAGCCGAACAUUUAUUGAACUCUGUGUCUUUCCAACGCAAAUCCCAAGACUCCUACAGGAUGCGUUACGACUUUGCCAUCAACAACCUGGAAUGGACUUCGGCUAUGAACGUCGUGUCGGCUGGCAAGAGCAUGACCACAGAUCCAAUCAAAUUCACCAUCGAGAAAGUAAACAUCAAAGUUCACAUCGACAAGUCCGUGCACAACCAGCAACAACAACAGUCAUAUGACAAGGCUUACACCAACGUAGAAAUACGAGGUCUUCAUUACAACUUGAGACACGUCCAAUCUGAACUUGUAUCCAACCUUGAAAAUGAACUCCAACGUUUCAUGGAACUAUCUUUGGGAUCUUGCAUUCAAGAUUCUUUGGUACAAGAACUAAACAACUCCAACCGUCAAUAUUAAAUUGACCAAUUAAUUUUUAAACAUAUGUUAUUUAAAAUAAAUUACAUAGAAUAAGCAAUAGU